GUAACACGUUUUUCAUAAGCUUUUUACAAAAGAAGUUCAAAAUUUCAGUAUUUCUCAGCAAUGACUCUGAAAGACAGAAGAUUUUUGGAACAGGAAAGGAGGCGUUUAACACGCUAUCAGCAUCAGCACAGAGGAUUAAGUUUUAUUAAGUUAUGGUUACCCCCCACUUCUGAUAAAGAUGCGAAUAUAAUAGGGCGUGAUGGUCAUGUCUAUAAAGGAAAAAUUCCUAGAGUGCCCUUAGAUCAGUUACCACCAGAGGUAGAUCCAGAAACUGUUGAUGAAGGAGAGCUUUAUGAGGAAAUCAGAGAUAUGAAAUAUCUGGAUAUACCUAUUCAAGAGCCAUUGGGACCCACUCGCCGUAUUGGCGGAGAAUACACAAAAGCAAAACGAUUAACACUUGCACCAGUUGAAUUUCAGUAUCGUAAAGCCAUAGAAGAAACACCAAUUAUUGGUGCUGAUGUAAAAAUGUAUCAUGGCCCAAUCUUCAAAUCGCAGCUAAUUUCUGAAAUGGAUCUUGAUCAUCGAGAAUCAAUGAAAUUGAACAGGAGUGACAAAGAUUUCGUUGAACCAACACUUGUAACUCUUCAUGUGGAUGGAAGAGCCAUCAACCCUUUUCAAGAAAUAAUGGUUAUUGGUGCUGAUGGAAAGUUACAUAGUGGCUCUACUUCCAAAUCAGAACCGAUUUCUGAUUUGGAUCAUAAAGCACCAGUUCAUUCGGACAAGAGUCACAUAGAACCAAAAACAGAUGAAGAUACUGAAGAUAUGAAAGAAGCAGAUGUAGAAGAUAAGUCUGAAGUCGAAACUGAAGAUAAAGCAGAAACAGAUGGGAAAUCAGAAGUGGCAGACACAGAAAAGUCUGUUUCCGAGGAACUAUCCGAAGAACCAGAAGAGGAAGCUCUAAUUAUAGACACAUUUUCUGUUUUAUAGACAAUAGAAAAUCUAAGACAGGAAUUUAUCUAAA